AUGUAUUUUGAUCCUAUCGCUCAGGAGAGACAAGAUAGGAACUUCCAGAUAUGGAUAGGCCAACUGCUUAAAGGAGAUCCUGAGCAGCUCGCCUGCCAAUUGGCGAAAAAGCAUCGACCAGGGCACAAACUCGGCGCGGCUCUUUGGAAAAACGGCGCUUACAAUGUCUGCUAUAGAGUGCGAUAUGAGGACGGCUUCCACGCUAUUGUUCGCUUCUCAGCUCUUGGCAAGACUGUAUAUCGUACGGAGAAGGUUGAAAACGAGGCAAUUGUUCUUCAAUACUUGCAUCAACAUACCAAUGUUCCCGUCCCACAAGUACUCGGAUGGGGAACAUGCUGGGUUGGGCCCUAUACAGUCGAAGAGCUUAUUGAAGGUGAUUUGAUUUCCGUCGCGUUGAAGGAUCCCACUCAAGAAGGACGCCCAAACCUAAAUCCAAAAAUCAGCGAUCGCGCUUUGAAGGUAGCCUAUCGUGCAAUGGCCAAUAUUGUACUUGAAUUAUCUAAACCAGAAUUCACUCGUAUUGGGUGUCUAGUCAAAACUGGUGAGGAGUUCGAUAUCGGCAGACGCCCCCUCUCGAUUCGCUUGAGCGAAUUAUCGAUAUCAGCUAAUUUGGCGCCGGAACACCUUACCCAAUCGACCUUCGCUUCCUCCACUGAAUAUUUUGACUUACUAGCUGAGCAACAUCUCUCUCAACUUCGAUAUCAACGAAACGAUGUUGUGGAGAACGAACUCGAUUGUAAGAAGAAAUAUAUAUCUCGAUGUCUAUUCCGUAGGGUGGUUCGUCAAGUCUCUGCUGAAUAUGUCAAUGAGCCAUUCAGGCUUUUCUGCGAUGAUUUUAGGCCUUCCAACGUCCUUGCCAAUAUGGAGCGGCUCCAGAUUUCAGCCGUUAUUGACUUGGAAUUUUCCUAUGCAGCGCCCUCAGAAUUCACCUAUGCUGCACCUUGGUGGCUUUUAUUACAAGGUCCUGAGGACUGGGAGGGUGACCUCAAUGACUUUCUUACUCGCUAUACCCCGCGACUUGAGCUCUUUCUCUCAGCGUUACGAGAAUGCGAAGAGCAACAAAUCAAGAACGGAAUCCUUGUUGAUUCUCAACGACUGUCUGCACGUAUGGAACAGUCCAUGCAUAAUGGAUUGUUCUGGGUGUGUAUCGCUGCGAGACAUAGUCAGAUGUUUGAUGAGGUAUAUUGGGCUUUUCUUGAUGAGAAGUAUUUCGGACCGUUUGUUGCGCUGGAAGAUCGGGUUGAGCUCCUUAAUGAGGAAGAGAAGAAUGAGCUUACGAAGCUGUUUGAUCUUAAGCAAGAGCAAGCCAAGGAUAAAACACUGGAUAUUUACUACCCUUCGACAGAUCUUAUGAGACUUUAA